AUGUUCCGUCCCGCGUCUCGCCGUUUAGUCACCGUCGCCUCCCGAAGCGGGCUGGCGGCCCGAGGCGUCAACAGAAUCGUCGCUCGACGAGGUUAUUCCGAUGCCCACCACGCCUACGAGAAGACCAGUGAUACCCCUUGGCUUCUCGCCGCUGUCGGCUUCACUGUCCCUGCUUCCUACUGGCUCAUCAAGGCCGCGCCUGCUCCUCAUAAGGGUGGACACGAUGACCACCACGACUCUCACGCUGCUCCAAAGGAGGCCAAGGUCGAGUCUCACACACCACCACCGCCACCUAAGGAGGAGGAGAAACCAGCCGCCAAGCCAGUCGAACCUGAAGUGAAAGAAGAAAAGAAGGAGGAGAAGAAGGAAGAAGAGAAGAAAGAAGAGAAGAAGGAGGACAAGAAGGAGGACAAGAAGGAAGCAAAGGAGGAAAAGAAGGAGGAGAAGACAGAAGAGAAGAAGGAAGAGAAGACAGAGGAACCAAAGGAAGAGAAGAAGAAGGAAGAACCAAAGGCCGAAGAGAAGAAGUCCGAGAAAUCCGACGACGAGAAGUCCUCGUAG